GUCAGUGCGCGAGCGCGGGAGGUGGGCCGUGGCGGUGGUACGCGCGUCGCGGACGGACGGCGGGCGAUCUGCGUCCUCCGCGUUCUUGUGCUUUUGUCACCUCUUGGGCUUCCUGGCUGUUGCGCGGGGCAGGGAAGCCGGCGGACGGCCCACGAUGAGCCUGACCCAGAAUCUGCGGGAGGUGAUGAAGGCCAUCAUCGGUGUCCCGGGUUUUGAUAGAGUUUUGGAAAAGGUGACUCUGGUCUCUGCAUCUCCUGGAAAGGUAACCUGUGAGCUGAGAGUGGAGGAGGAGCACACCAAUAAGUUCGGCACACUCCACGGGGGGCUGACGGCCACCCUGGUGGACAGCAUAUCGACGAUGGCACUGCUCUGCACGGAGAGAGCCCUGCCGGGAGUCAGUGUGGACAUGAACAUAAUGUACACGUCACCUGCAAAAAUAGGUGAAGUGGUAGAAAUAACAGCACACAUUCUGAAGCAAGGGAAGACACUGGCCUUUGCCUCCGUGGAACUGACCAACAAGGCCACCGGGAAGCUGGUGGCUCAGGGCACACACACAAAGCACCUGGGGAACUGAGGAUAGCGUGUAACCUCCACUAACCCGAGGAGGGGAUCGAGUGUAAAUGUGACAACAUAAUCUUACCAAUAAAUUAGCAAAAC